AUAAAGACGAAUCAUUCUUGACUCAGCUUGAUUCCAGAUCGUUGAUCUUCAAUAUGACUCAAUUAGAACUUGUCACCGACCCUGAUGAUCUGAAUGAGUUUCAUAUUACAGCUGGACUGUCUAGCCUCAACACUGGAGGCUCGCGGGCCCCACCAGACCCAGCACUGCGGACGCGGAAGGUGAAGCUGGUUUUACUACAGCCUCUAGCCAAGCCUGAUAUGCUUGCAGCCUGCCGUAAUCCCGUUUCUCGCGUCACUCGCAGAUCCACUGGUAGUGUCGAUGGCGCUUCCACUUGCGAGUUUCUCGAUAUCCGACCCCUCAGUAAGGCGUGGAGACAGGCAACGAUGAAAGUCCCGCCCUUUUCUCACUUGAUAUUUGAUCUUACCCUACCAAAAGCCAAUGAAGGACGCAAUGACUCCUUUCGGAAAGUGUACUGGGACAUCGGCAUUCCCCAAGGCGACACGCUCAGUGUUGAGGUGCGGGACGUUAUGAAUCUGGUCGUCACCAUCGCCACCGAGACGAGGAUACGAACCAAGGGUAGCGUGUAUUUCGAAAUCGUUUAUGACGAGGCUGAAGGGGUAGCGCCUAGGGUAUUGACCCGUCUAGACAAGCAGCUUCUUGCUCUUCAGCAGUUUCCUGGGAAGAAAGAUGUGGAAAGGGCGAAUGGUCACUGAUAUAAUGGGUUACUGAUGCUUCCUUGCAAGUGGGCUGGUCGGGCGCGAAAGGGUGUAUCUUUGACAUUAUUAUGAUGGACAGAAUUAUUGUCUAUAUCCGCGCAAGUCAAGGAACGCGAUGCUGCAGCCAUUAGAACAUGAUCUGUAUUUGAGCACUGACAACGCUAUCUAGCUACCUAGUUAUUCUUG